AUGCUCGAAGGCCUCGUUGCUGGCUUGCUUAACCGCUUCCUGGGCAUGUACGUCAAAAACUUUGACCCUGCCCAGCUCAAAGUCGGUAUCUGGUCUGGCGAUGUCAAGCUACGCAACCUCGAGCUGCGUCGUGAGGCCCUCGACCAGCUCAAGCUUCCCAUCAAUGUCAUGGAAGGCCACCUAGGCGAGCUGACUCUAGUCAUCCCCUGGUCCAACCUGCGAGGCGCUCCUGUCAAGGUCUUUAUCCAAGAUGUCUUUCUGCUCGCCAGCCCUAAGGAGGAGGCCGAAUACGAUCAAGACGAGGAGGACCGCAGAAAACAGCGCCUCAAGAUGGAGAAGCUAGAUAGUGCCGAGUUGCUCAAGGAGAGGAACCAGGAAGGUCUAAGCCAGGAGGAGCAAAAGAAAAGCCAGAGUUUCACGCAAAGUCUGGUAACAAAGAUCGUUGACAAUCUACAAGUCACGGUCAAGAACAUACAUAUCCGAUAUGAGGACUCCAUUUCCGCACCAGGACACCCAUUCGCUCUUGGUGUUACCCUUGAAGAGUUCAGCGCUGUCAGUACUGAUGGCCAGUGGAAGCCCGUUUUUAUCCAAGACUCAAACACCGUCACUCACAAGCUGGCCACUCUCGGCGCUUUAGCUGUGUACUGGAAUACUGAUUCAGAUCUUCUCGGAACUGGCCGUGAAGCGUCAGCCUCAUCCAAGGAAGUAAUGUCACACGACGAGAUGGUCGCCAAGUUUAGAGAGAUGAUUGGCAAGGACGCGCAAAAGGACUCCAACCACCAGUUCAUACUGAAGCCUGUCAACGGUCAAGCCAAGAUCGAGCUUGACAAGUCGGGUGACAUCAUGGUACCCAAGUUCAAAGCAAACCUACUAUUCGAGGAGAUUGGUGUUGUUCUCGACGACGAUCAGUAUCGCGAUGCCUUGAUGAUGGUCGAUCUGUUCCAUUACUUCAUUCGACAUCAAGAAUACAAGAGAUUGCAACCAAAGGGCGUCCGACCCAAGGAAGACCCUCGUGCCUGGUUGGAGUUUGCAGGUAAUGCUGUUCUGUCCAAGAUCCACGAACGCAACCGCAAAUGGUCCUGGGACUACUUCCGUGAGCGACGCGACGAUCGAAAACGAUACAUCGAAUUGUUCAAGAAGAGAAAGCAGGGCCACCAGAUGUCGAGCGACGAAACAGACGCCAUCAAUAGUCUAGAGUGGAAGCUCACAUACGAAGACUUGCGGUUCUGGCGAUCUCUGGCUCGCAACCAGCUUAAGAAGGAGAACGCCGAAGCUCUCAAGAACCAGCCACAACAACCCCAACAGCAGCAAGGUUGGAUAUCGUGGGUGUGGGGUUCGAAACCUCAGGAAACGAUUGAGCAUAAUGAAGAAAACACACAAAUGACCGAAGAGCAACGACAGGAACUCUACGAGGCCAUUGACUGGGACGAAAAGAACGCCAUUGCGGAUGAAGUUGACAUGCCUCGUGAAGCCAUCAAGAUGUGCAUAGAAACAUCCCUCAGCACUGGCAGUUUCACCUUGAAGAAGAGCCCUCAUGACAAUGCUGCGGAUCUUCUUAGUCUACACUUUGAUGUGUUCAAGGCCAAGGCUCUGCAGAGGAAAGACUCAAUGCUCGCAAAUGUUAGUCUUGGCGGGCUUCGUGUCAACGACGGCACCACACCGGACUCUGUCUAUCCUGAGAUUGUGCGAGUCAAGGACGCACCCACCAACAAUCAGCGCAAGCGACUGUCACUAGCCGAACUUGAACAACCCGAGGAAGACCCCUUCUUCCAGUUCGAAUUCGAGCAGAACCCGAUCGAGCGGGAGGGCGACAUCGCCAUUGUUGGAAAGAUGAAGCCCCUCGAGGUCAUCUGGAACCCCAACUUUGUCGUAGGCAUCGCCGACUUCUUCAGACCUCCCGAGCGACACAUGGAGUCUAUUACUGCCCUCAUGGAGAGCGCCGGUGCCACCGUCGAGAGUAUCCGUGAACAGACUCGAGCCGGUCUCGAGUUUGCGCUGGAGGAGCACAAGACCAUCAACGCUGAGCUGGAUCUUCAAGCGCCUCUGAUCAUCGUGCCUGUCAGCAUCACUACCGAAAACUCUACCUGUCUUAUUGUGGAUGCAGGUCACAUCCACGUCAACAGUGAACUGGUUGACCAAGGUACAAUGAAGGAGAUUCAGUCCAAGCAAAAGCAGACAUACAGCGAUGAAGACCUCAAGCGACUCGAGUCUGUCAUGUACGACAAGUUUAUCGUCAAGCUGACAUCUACCCAAGUUCUUAUCGGACCUUCUAUUGAUGAGACCAAGGCUCAGUUGAUUGAGAAGAGCGACGAGGCUCACCUACAUGUUGUUGAACGGAUCAAUGUCGACUUCAUAGUCGAAACAUCCAUCCUACCAAAGGCGCCCAACCUGACCAAGUUCAAGGUCUCGGGACAUCUUCCGAUGCUUCAUGCGACAGUGUCUGACACCAAGUAUAAGAACCUGAUGAAGGUCAUUGACGUGGCCAUUCCCAAGUUUGGUGGAACUUCGGCGCAGAGGAUUGAGCAACACAAGGAAGCAUCUCGUCCGCGUCUCAAGAGCAACUCAUCCAACCGGUCUAGAAGAAAAUCGCAGCGGGAGCGAAGACAGUCCACACCAUUCCCAUUCAUGCAAUCCGAGACCGCAGUCGUUCUCGAUGACAUGGAUGAAGAUGACGACGACUUUGAAGACGCGACAGACGGAGGUGACUCGGAGCAACUCAAGGUCCAGCAGCGCAUCUUUGAGUUCAAGUUCAAGGUCGACACCCUCAAAGGUUCGCUCUACCGAAGCGAUCCAGAUGGACAGAAGCCUGACGCGUUGCUUGUUGAGCUGGUUGCCGAGCGAUUCGACCUGGAGUUCUAUACCAGACCCUUUGACAUGGUCGCGGACGUUUCACUUGGCUCAGUCACAGUUGACGACUUUGUGGACAAUCCUUCGGCCGAGUUCAAGUCUAUUAUCUCGUCUGGUGAUAAUGAGGAUCUUAAAGAAGGCCGCAGUCUGGUCCAUGUCAAAUUUGUCAAAGUCAAUCCUGCUUCACCCGAGUUCAUGCCUGUCUACGAGGGUGUCGAAACCAACAUUAACGCCGUUGUCUCUACAAUCAAUUUGAUUGUCACUAGAAAGACACUACUUACACUACUCGACUUUAUUCUCAUCACAUUUACAAACAAUAACAACAACAACAACCAGUCAAAUAACAACAAGGCGAUACUGGACAAUGAUGAUGACGAUGCCGAGAGCAUCAACACUGCAGUUGCAGUUGCUAAUGAGCCUCAGUCAGCCUCCAGUAACGGGUCUAUCCGAGUCAAGGUUGACUUGAAGAGUAUCAGGCUGAUUCUCAACAAUGAUGGCAUUCGCCUUGCCACCCUGUCGUUCAACAAGGCCGAUGCCGGUAUCUUCCUACGGGGAAAUACUAUGCGCAUCUCAGCCAAGCUUGGUGAUCUUUCACUCGUUGACGACGUUAACCUCGGUGUCUCGGAGGAUUCUCACCUUCGACAACUUGUUACCAUCCAAGGAGAUGAUCUGGCCGAUUUCCGCUACGAGACCUUUGACUCCAGCAACCCCAAAGCAUACCCAGGAUAUGACAGCUCCGUUUUCCUUCGUGCUGGCUCAGUCAAGGUCAACUUUAUCGAAGAACCGUUCCGCAAGAUCGUUGACUUUUUGGUCAAAUUUGGAAAGAUGCAGGCUCUGUACAACGCUGCACGCCAGGCCGCUAUGAACCAGGCCAACCAAUUGCAGCAAAGCCCCAGUCGCUUCAAGUUUGAUGUUGUUGUAAAUACUCCGAUUGUUGUCUUCCCUCGCGUGCAACAGCCUGGUCAAACUGAAAGAGAUGUCAUCACCGCCUACCUUGGUGAAAUUUACGCUCAGAAUAAGUUCGCUCCCCUUGAUGACAGCGAGAAUUCCGAUAUUGCCAUGAAGCUGUCAGCUGGUAUCCGCAACAUCAAGCUCACUUCGGACUUCCACUACGCUGAGGGCGUUUCUGAGGAGCUCGAGAUGAUCGAUCACGUCGACCUUGGAUUUAACAUUACGUAUGCUGAGCACAAGCAUGGUGUCAAGAGACCCGAAACUGAGAUUGAGGGUACCAUGUCUGACAAUUUGCGGCUCACACAGUACCAAGUCAAGUUCCUCUUGGAAAUCUCAAAGUCUGCCGACGAGAGGACGUUGGUAGACCUUCGCCCUGAACUUGGGUCGAUUGGUCAAGAAUGGACGAAACUUGAUCUUGUUUUCCGUGUCAACACCAUUGGGCUUGAGCUGAUCAAUGCGGAAGAAAACGAGCCUGUUCAUGAUAUUGCCAAGUCUAGCUUGUCGCGGUUCUCUCUCGACGAUACCAAGGUCAAGACAAGAAUGCUCUCAGAUAGUUCUCUGGAGGCAGAGCUGCUCAUCCGAUCAUUUACAAUCUACGACAGUCGGCCACGCGACGUCUAUGGAUGA